UUGUGAUUGGAGAGGAAUAAGGAAAAGAAAAGAGAAGAGAGUCAAAGGAAAGUUCGUGGGAAAAAAAUAAACUUACCCUGAAAUUCCCUUUCUCAUUCGAGUUAGAGGGCCAACGUUUUUCGAUCGGUUUUCAUCAUCGUGUCCGUUGGUUUCUGAAAAGGACGACGACGAGGAGAGAGAUAUACUAGGAAGAGGGAAAAAGGGAGAGGGAGAAAACGAACUUGGUGGUGUGUGUGGCGUCGCAAGAGGUAGAAUCGACGUGGCUGGUGGCGGCGACGGCGCCAUUUUGUGAAUAUUUUCGCGUGCAACAGCAGCGGCAGCGGCAGCGGUAGCAACAGCAGCAGCAGCAAUUCCAAUUAAAAUUUGAAUCAAAGAAAAGAUUUUGGCAAAAUUGAUCGAUUUUCAAUAUCGCCGAAGAAAAAAAGGUGGUGGUUAUCGAGGGAAAAAUUGGUGAAAAGAUAAUUGAAUGGGAAGAAGGAAAGUGUCGGAAGAAGAAGAAGAAAAGAAAAAAAGGAAAGAAAAGAAAAGAGGAAAGACAAGAUACAAUACAAUAAUAAAUCCAAUAGAAAGGGCAUCAUCAAGCAACAUUAGUUGCAGUGGUGGGAUCGUAAAAGAUUCAAAUAAUAUAUUGCUUUUGUGAAUAAAGAGAGGAGAGAGAGUUGUGGUUGUGGGGGUAGAAGGAAAGAAGCAUUUACAAUAAAGAAAUCCAUAAUAGAUAUUAAAGAUGAGAUUGGAAAUAGUUUCGGCGGCGGAUUUUUUGGUCCACCUGCUGCGCCUGCAGGCUGGACAACUUUCGGAGCGACAGCUCGAAAUGUUCAAGUCAUCGUUGACGGAGGUGUUGCGGCAUCGUUACAGAGAUCAUUGGUUUCCCGAUCGUCCAAAUCGUGGCUCCGGUUAUCGUUGCAUACGGAUUAAUGGUAAAAUGGAUCCCGUUAUUGCACAGGCCGGUGCUAACGUUGGAUUAUUACCGGCUGUAUUGCACAGCUUAUUCCCCAGCGAAUUGACGAUGUGGAUCGAUCCGUCGGAGGUCUCUUAUAGGAUCGGUGAAAAUGGUUCUAUAUGUGUAUUAUACGAACGUACCGAGCCUGAUCCUGAGGAAACAACAACAUCUUCCCAUCAACAUCAUCAGCAACACCACCACCAACAUCAUCAACAACACCACCACCACCAACAUCAGCAGCAUCAUCAACAACAUCAGCACCAUCAGCAUCAGCAUUCCCGUUCUUCUCAUCAUCACCACCACAAUCAUCAUCAUCACCAACACCACCAGCAUCAGCAGCAACAACAGCAACAACAAUUUGAAAGCUGCAAAGACUCCCUAUUGCUCGAGCACACGCAAUUCAGCGAGCAAAUAGCGGCGUUCGUUUCAAGUUGAAGAAUUUAAUAAUAAUAUUAACAAAUAUGAAAGAAAAGAUAAAUACAAUA